AUGAGUGAUCUAUUUGAUCUUACCACGCAGUUGGCAUUUUACAAGAGCUACCACAGCAACCAUACCAAUGUAUUGAUUCAUGCGAUGUUUGUGCCACUGAUCUUGUAUUCUUCAAUGACAAUGCUAUACGAUCUCGAAAUAUACAGAGGCUGGACAGUUAUGCACGUCCUAGCCGGUGCUUUUGCUAGCUAUUACGUUGCACUAGAUGCGAAAGCAGGUUCUCUGGCUGCCUGCAUUUUGGGCGCCGUAGUAAAGGGCAUUGAAGCCGGCGUUCUGGACCUACCGCUGCGAUGGGCCCUAGCUAUUUUCUCUGCGAGUUGGGUAUUUCAAUUUAUUGGUCACGGUGUUUUCGAGCGCCGGAAACCCGCCCUGCUGGAUAAUUUAGUCCAAAGCCUGGUGACAGCCCCAUUUUUGAUUCUUUUUGAGCUACUUUUUGCGUUGGGAUUCUACAAAGAACUGAAAGUAGCAAUUUCUUCAAGGGUCGAGCAAAACAAGAAGAUGCAAGCGCCUUGA